GCUUCGGUUGAUCGUCCCGAUGCUGUAAGAUACCUUGACAAAGUGUGUGAUCAGUUUGAGUUCUAUCCUUGGGUACUUGUCCCGGUAAGAAUAAUUUCAAGAUACGUGGAGUUCAAGUCUACCAGCAGAUUGCAAUAUGGGGCCUUUGGACGGCGAGGUAAUUCUCGUCACAGGAGGAACUGGACUUGUUGGGAAAGCUGUGCAGGAGAUCAUUGCGCAGGACCCUCCCAAGGGUGAAACAUGGGUAUUCAUCGGCAGCAAGGACGCUGACCUCACGAGCUAUGAAGAGACCAAAGCUCUAUUUGAGAGGGUGAAACCAACACAGAUCAUUCACCUAGCGGCAUUCGUGGGUGGCCUUUUUGCCAACAUGAAAUACAAGGUUGAGUUCUGGCGGAAGAACAUCCUCAUGCAGGACAACAUCAUGGUGCUCAGCAAGGAGUAUGGUGUCAAGAAGCUGGUGUCCUGCCUGUCCACAUGCAUCUUCCCCGAUAAGACCACCUACCCCAUCGAUGAGACCAUGAUCCACUUGGGACCACCUCAUUCCUCAAACGAGGGCUAUGCCUAUGCGAAGAGGCUCGUGGAUGUUCAGAACCGCAUGUACAAUGAGCAGUACGGCUGCAACUUCACAUCCGUUGUCCCCACCAACAUCUUUGGCAAGCACGACAACUUCAACCUCGACCAAGGACACGUGGUUCCCAACCUCAUCCACAAGUGCUACAUCGCCCAGCGAGAUGGCACCCCCUUCACGGCCUGGGGCAGCGGCAAGCCCCUGCGCCAGUUCAUCUACAACCUGGACCUGGCACGUCUCAUGAUCUGGGUGCUGCGCGAGUACAAGGAGGCAGACCCCAUCAUCCUGUCUGUGGGCGAGGAGGAUGAAGUCCCCAUCAGUGAUGUUGUCCACAUGAUUGCUGACUCAAUGGGCUUUAUGGGGGAGAUUAUUUUUGACAAGACUAAGGCAGACGGCCAGUACAAGAAGACAGCAUCCAAUCUUAAGCUGCGCGCAUACCUGCCAGACUUCAAGUUUACCCCAAUGGCCACUGCAAUCCGUGAGACGACAGCGUGGUUCAAGGAGAACUAUGACACCGCCAGAAAGUGAACAUGCUGGUCACACCAGGAGAGACCUUAACGAAGCUCGAUUAUCUGAUUUCUUGCAAAGAAUGCAGGCAUGUUGAUAAUUCUGUUCACGUAGUUGACCACUGUUGCCCCGGUAGCAAAUCUUCGAUGAGAGCAGCUCGUGUUGUCAUGAUGCCGUGCGUUUCAAACUUCGCUGGCGUGCUUGAAGAAAAUAUGUUGUGUUGGGUCACCUUGUGAAAGUGACAUGCAACGGCCCCAUGGUCUGCUAUGUAAAACCUUUUUUACAC